AACAAGCCAGCACAGCGUACGGCACUUUUUAAAAAUCCUUCUUCCAAAAUUCCAAAUUUACGUCCUCAGGUCUGCUUCAGCCAAGUCUAAAAUUGUGUAAUUCUUUUCCAAUGUUGUCCGUUUCAAGCCGUCUCGGGCCACGAAGAAGCCUCACGGCUCUCUUAGCUUAGCUUAGCUUUGCUUAGCUUAGCCACUAACAAAGAGACGCCGAUGUAAAAAAAAAAAAAAAAAAAAAAAUGUCCGAGAGAUGGACAGCAGCAAGAGCAAGAUUCGAUGAGGAGGUCCGUGAGGAAAUGGAGCCGCCAGGGUGUCAUCAACACCAAAAACAAGACUUCGGAGAAGAUCCUGGUCCUAGGCGCCUUGAACUGGAGUUUCCUGGUGUAAAAUUGGGAAUCAAACCCUCCCAAUUCAAAGAAGAGGAGCCAGAGCCCCUUCAUUUGGAAAAGAGAGAAGAGCAACUCCACAUCAUAAAGGUGGAGGAAGACCAAGACAGCAUAAACAAGUUGAUCCGCGUUCCCUUGAAGAGUGAAAAAGAAGGUCUGAAUGAAGCAAGCAGAGGGGCGGAGCCUCCGACCGACAACGGCAGGUCACAAGCGGACAGCCUGAUACUUCCGCUGACAGACAGCGACGCCACUACGUCGCACUCGCCUCACAUUGACGAAAGGACUGACGCUCGGACGAAAUGUCACAGCGGUGACAAACGCUGGAAAUGCUAUCACUGCGGGAAAAGUUUUGGCCGCAAAUUUGUGUUGAAACGUCAUAUAAGCAGCCACACUGGCGUGAAGCCUUUCCUCUGCUCAGUUUGCGGCCAAAGAUUCUCUACGACGCAAAACUUAUCGCGACACACGAGAAGUCACACCGGCGAGAAAGCCUUUUCUUGCUUGGUUUGCGGCCAAAGCUUCUUCCAGAAGAGAAGCCUAAACAUUCACACAAGAAAGCACACUGGAGAGAAACCUUUUUCCUGCUCCAUUUGCCUUCAGAGAUUCUCUUCAAAGCAACACUUAAUAGGCCACGCAAGAACGCACACUGGGGAAAAACCUUUUGCCUGCCUAAUUUGUGGUCAAAGAUUCUCUCAGAAGGGAGCAUUGGGACUACACACGAGAACCCACACCGGGGAGAAACCGUUUGCCUGCUCAACUUGUGGGCAAAGAUUUUCUCAGAAGGGUCAUUUGAAAAGGCACACGCGAACGCACACUGGGGAAAAACCAUUUGCCUGCUCCGUUUGUGGUCAAAGCUUCGUUCAGAAGAGAAGCUUAACGAUCCACACAAGACGACACACCGGAGAGAAACCUUUUCCCUGCGCGGUGUGCGACCAGCGCUUCUCUCAAAAGAGCGCCUUAACGAUCCACACGAGAACGCACACUGGCGAGAAACCUUUUUGCUGCUCGCUUUGUCCCCAGAGAUUUGCUCAGAAGGGAACCUUGAAAAGUCACACAAGGACGCACACCGGAGAGAAACCUUUUGGCUGUUCCGUCUGUGGUCAGAGGUUCACUCAGAUGGGAAAUUUGACAAGUCACACAAGAGCGCACACCGGAGAGAAACCUUUCGCCUGCUCUGUUUGCGGCCGAAGCUUUUCGGCAAAGCGAAGCUUAAAAUACCACAAAGGAAUACACACUGCUUUUAGGAUGCGACCUGGUCAGCAACGGCACGAGGCGGGCAGGCGCAUCGAUCGGUUCCGUCCCGCGGAUCCGUCCGGGGCAGCCGGCGGCGAACGGACCCAAGCCUGAGCGGGAAAGAGCGGUACAGCAUUCAGCAUAAAGUAUAAUCCAACAGUGUAGCCUAUAAUAUGACCAUUAAAUGGCAAAAGCUAUUUUUCUGAAUGUGCUUGUUUUAGUCAGUGUCAUUACUGCCAUCAUAAAAUCUUAAGCAUUUCAUUGGCAUAAGUUUGAGCAGUACAGCUUAAUGUAGAAUGCUUGUUGCUUAUUGUUUACAAGAUAUUUCUAUAUACUUACACAAGACGGUACAAAGCGGCCUCGCUCAUCGAUUUCGAGGAGGUUCGCCCACCGG